CGUGAAUUUAUAAAUUUAUUGAGCGCUUUCCUAGUUGCGAAGAGCAGUCGAAGAUUUCGUUUUCGUAGAUUUAGAAAAAAAAAAAAAAAGCUGAAGAAAAACUUUAAAUAUUACAACUAUGGCAGAUCCAGGGGAAUUGGAAUUAAAAAGAAAUGCAGAUAGCUAUUCUGUUAAUACAAAAAAGACUACUAAAAAAAGUCAAAAAAAGACUAAAAUGGAUGACCUUAAAAAAGAAUUAGAAAUGAAUGAACACAGCAUGAGCCUUGACGAUUUGUUAAUAAAAUAUGAAACAAGCUUAGAAAAUGGGUUGUCAACUGAUAUUGCUGUUCGUAAUUUACAACGGGAUGGACCUAAUGCUUUGACCCCGCCUAAGCAAACUCCAGAGUGGGUGAAGUUUUGCAAGCAAAUGUUUGGUGGUUUUUCAAUGCUUUUGUGGGCAGGUUCUAUUUUGUGUUUUUUUGCAUAUGGUAUUCGUGCAGUUAAAGAAGAAAAUCCUAACAUGGAUGAAUUGUAUUUGGGUAUUGUACUAGCAGUUGUCGUAAUUAUUACUGGUUGCUUUUCAUACUAUCAGGAAUCUAAGAGUUCAAAAAUAAUGGAGAGCUUCAAAAAAAUGAUCCCACAAGAAGCCAAUGUGUUGCGUGAGGGUCAAAAAAUUACUAUAAAUGCAGAACAAUGUGUUGUUGGUGAUGUUGUUUUUGUAAAGUUUGGAGAUCGAAUUCCAGCUGAUAUUCGAAUUGUUGAAUGUAAAGGACUGAAGGUUGACAACUCCUCACUGACUGGAGAAUCAGAGCCUCAAGGUCGUAGUGUUGAUUGUACAUCUGAGAAUCCUAUUGAAACAAAGAACCUUGCUUUUUUUUCGACUAAUGCUGUGGAAGGUACUGCUACUGGAAUAAUUGUUAGAAUAGGUGAUAAUACUGUUAUGGGUCGAAUUGCUAAUCUUGCAUCAGGAUUAGGAAGUGGUAAAACUCCUAUUGCAUUAGAAAUAGAACAUUUUAUUCACAUUGUAACGGGAGUUGCAGUUUUUCUUGGUGUAAGUUUUCUGAUCAUUUCCCUUGCAAUGGGUUAUCAUUGGUUGGAGGCAAUUAUUUUCCUUAUUGGUAUUAUUGUUGCCAAUGUGCCUGAAGGUUUACUUGCAACUGUUACUGUGUGCUUGACUCUGACUGCAAAAAAAAUGGCAAAAAAAAAUUGUCUUGUAAAACAUUUGGAAGCAGUUGAAACUCUAGGUAGCACUUCUGUUAUUUGUUCUGAUAAAACUGGUACAUUGACUCAAAAUCGUAUGACUGUUGCUCACAUGUGGUUUGAUAAAAUGAUUAUUGAAGCUGAUACUACUGAAGAUCAGUCUGGAAUAGCACAUGAUAAAGGAUCUUCAACAUGGAAAGCUCUUGCAAUGGUUGGUGCAUUAUGUAACCGAGCUGAAUUUAAGCCUAAUCAAAAUGAUAUUCCAGUUCUCAGAAAAGAGUGUAAUGGAGAUGCCUCAGAAACUGCUAUUUUAAAAUUUGUUGAGCUAUCAAUUGGUAAUGUUAUGGAUAUUAGAGCAAAAAAUAAAAAGGUUGCAGAGAUUCCGUUUAAUUCAACCAAUAAAUAUCAAGUGUCAGUUCAUGAGCAAGAUAAUAGUAGUGGUUACCUACUUGUUAUGAAAGGUGCACCUGAAAAGGUGUUAGAAAGGUGUUCUACAAUUCUUAUAAAUGGUGAAGAACAACCUCUUAAAGAUGAUGUUAUAGAGAUUUACAAUAAGGCUUAUGAUGAACUAGGUGGUCUUGGUGAAAGAGUUUUAGGAUUUUGUCAUUAUUACUUACCUGUUGAUCAAUAUCCUAAAGGCUAUUUGUUUAAGACUGAUGAGGAACAAAAUUUUCCAUUAGAAGGACUAUGUUUUGUUGGUUUGUUAAGUAUGAUUGAUCCUCCCCGAGCAGCUGUUCCUGACGCUGUUAGCAAAUGUCGAAGUGCUGGUAUAAAAGUCAUCAUGGUAACUGGUGAUCAUCCAAUUACAGCAAAAGCAAUUGCAAAAGGUGUUGGAAUCAUUUCAGAAGGUAAUGAAUGUGUAGAAGAUAUAGCUCAGCGGUUAAACAUAGCCGUAAAAGAUGUAAAUAAAGAUCAAGCUAAAGCCUGUGUUAUCAAUGGUGCUAAGUUAAAAGAAAUGGAGUCACAUGAACUGGAUGAGGUUUUACGGCACCACACUGAAAUAGUAUUUGCCCGAACAUCACCUCAACAAAAGUUAAUUAUUGUUGAAGGAUGUCAACGCCUUGGUGCAAUAGUUGCUGUCACUGGUGAUGGUGUCAAUGAUUCACCUGCAUUAAAAAAGGCUGAUAUUGGUGUUGCAAUGGGUAUUGCUGGGUCUGACGUAUCUAAACAAGCUGCUGAUAUGAUUCUGUUAGAUGAUAACUUUGCUUCAAUUGUUACUGGAGUGGAGGAAGGAAGACUAAUAUUUGACAACUUAAAGAAAUCAAUUGCUUAUACUCUUACCAGUAACAUACCGGAAAUCUCACCGUUUCUUAUGUUUAUUUUAUGUGGCAUCCCCCUUCCCCUUGGUACUAUUACAAUCUUGUGUAUUGAUCUUGGUACAGAUUUAGUUCCAGCUAUAUCCUUGGCAUACGAAAAGGCAGAAACUGAUAUUAUGAAACGAAAGCCGCGUGAUCCAAAUCGAGAUAAGCUUGUUAAUGAGCGGCUUAUUAGUUUAGCAUAUGGGCAAAUUGGUAUGAUUCAGGCAACUGCAGGGUUCUUUACUUAUUUUGUCAUUUUGGGUGAAAAUGGAUUUUUGCCGUCUUAUUUGUUUGGACUUAGAAGUCAAUGGGAUAAUCAGUCUAUUAACAACCUUGUAGACUCUUAUGGCAGCGAGUGGUCAUUUGUUCAGCGCAGAGAGUUAGAAUUAACUUGCCAGACUGCUUUUUUUGCCACUAUUGUGGUGGUACAGUGGGCUGAUUUGAUUAUUAGUAAAACACGACGACUUUCACUUUUUCAACAAGGAAUGACAAACUGGUUUCUAAACUUUGGACUGUUCUUCGAAACUGCUCUUGCAGUGUUUCUUCAGUACACUCCUGGUGUAAAUAUCGGUCUACGUCUUCGUCCUAUGAAUUUUACUUGGUGGUUACCUGGUCUUCCGUUCAGCUUAUUAAUUUUUGUUUACGAUGAAAUUAGGAGAUACCUUUUACGCAAGUACCCUGGAGGUUGGGUUGAACAAGAAACUUACUAUUAAUUCUAGGUUGCUAUGGAAACUUGAAA